UAUUUGACAAGUUCCCGUAGCAAGCUGCGUUGCUACAUUUCCUUUUCCUUUUUCCCUUAUCUACCAGUCUUUCUUGAACGCUCUUCCUGCUUGAGGACUGAAGUAUUCUCAUUCCUUGAGUUACUUCCCUUACUCACUACCUAUGCCCUACAUCGCGAACACUCCGGAGUCGGCCCUCCCUCGCUCUGAUUCCCUAAACCCUGCGACGACAUGCAGAGGUCUGACAUCUAACGGUCGACCAUGUCGACGGCCCUUGACUUCGUCUCCCGGCUCUUCUCCCGCGUCAACGCCGCCAAAACGCGUCGCUGCAACGGCGGGCCGGAAUGGUAUUGAUCCUACGGCCUUCUAUUGCUGGCAACACAAAGACCAAGCCCAACUGGCUACGCCUAGUGCUAUUGACGAAAAGAAGAAUGGACGCGUCCAGCUGAAUCCAAGAAGUAGCAUCGAUACGUUGGUCGACAGGCUCGGCUUGUUGGAAGUUGACGAGGCCAAGAUCAAAAAGCGAUAUACCAAUCGACCUGGAAGUCACCCGUCGAAGAUACAUUCUAGCGGUCCACGUCCUCGCCCAAUAACGUUCUGCUGUUUUGUGAUUGGUGAGGAAGAGGAGGACCUACCAGCUUCGAAACCUCAUCCAAGGCCAGCAGAGACUCGACCAGCUUCUGCGAACCAGCGUCCACCGCGUGUAUCAGCACCAAGCACGCCCCAAAGACCAUCUUCCCGACCGUCUCCGUCGUCGUCGUCUUACCAUACACCGCAGCGACCUCCCGGCUCGAGCGCCUCUAAUGCGGGUUCACUGCUGGCGUUGAUUCCUCCCAAUAUUCCAGCCCAGACGGCGUCUGCAUUACUAGCAGAGCUGGCCAAACCGAUAUCCGCAGCCGACGAUGAAGGCUACAUCUACAUGUUCUGGGUGACGCCCUCGACCUCAGCCUCGAAGACUCCUCCAUCACAUGAGAUUGCCUCUUCUCUUCUGCCAUCGGGCAAUAACCGACCACACAACAGUCGCAGCACGAGCGAUGCCAUUCGCACAGCACAGCACAUAAGUUCAUCUAGUCGAAGCCCGAAUGCAAAGACGGAAACGAUCCGCUUGAAGAUUGGCCGUGCGAACAACGUCCAGCGUCGUCUGAAUGAGUGGACUAGACAAUGUUCUCACAACCUGACUCUGAUCCGCUACUAUCCCUACACUCCAUCUUCUGCGUCUCAAUCACCCUCACCAGCGCGGUCAUCCACAAGCCGGCAAGGAGCAUCUCCCGGUCCGGUAGCCGGAAGAAAGGUCCCGCAUGUGCAUCGCGUGGAAAGACUGAUCCACCUCGAAUUGGCAGAUAAACGAGUGAAAAAUCUCGGACCUUGCGACCAAUGCGGCAAGGAGCAUCGGGAGUGGUUCGAAGUCGAAGCGCAUAAGGACGCCUUGAAAGCUGUCGACGACUGUAUCCGACGAUGGGUUGGAUGGGCGGAGAGUCGGGGUUGAGAAACCUUUUUCCUUUUUCUCACUUGCAUCCAUGCAUCUGAAGGUGUUCUUGAUCUCAUCACAUGUUCCGAGUUAUUGCAUUAUCCAAGUGGAGUGCUGGACGCUCCAUAGUUAUAUAUGUAACUAUAUGCAUGACAUUUUACCCAAGUGGUGCCUUGCAGGAGUUGUGGGUUCACUAAUACACGAGCAUUCAAUUAACUAACUACAAAAUACACCAAGCAGUUACAAUAAACGAUUCAAAAUCUUCAACAUCAUGUAUAU